AUGUCUAUGCAACCAAGCUCUCCGAGACUCCCAAGUCCUCCACCCCCAACAGAGAUCCAAAUAGGACCAACAUCACCAGCUUUGGGAAGCUCCGCAAGCCAAGAACCUCUACUCGAACAGAGCAUUAUAGAGGCAAAUGCUGCCAGAAGGAUACACCCCGGAACCAAGUCUGCGGACAUGGCAGCUGGGCCCCCUCUAGUUCCUCUGAGUGAACUCGAUUCGGCCUUCCAACUUCAAGAACACCUCAAAGCCCUCCACUAUCACUAUACGAAGCCCGAAAACAGUGAUAAUACGAUUCCUAUAGACCGACAGACAGCCAUCCGCAUCGCUACACAACCAGACGGAGUUGACCGUGCUCUCUGGCUCUACGAGCUCUGCCGUUUCCUCAUUAAUAAGUGCAAUGAUCUGAUCAUUGGUUUCCUCUUCGACGAUCCGCCAUGCUCUGCCACUACCUGCCCCGAAAUGCGCGCCAGCGAGUGGCAAUUCCUCUGCGCCGUUCACGAGUCUCCUAAGAGCUGUUGCGCUAUUGAUUACUGCUGUCACACACUCGACUGGGCUACGAACAUUGUCACAAGCCAGAAGAUCUUUCCUAGUCGGCUAAGUCUGGGUGCUGGAGAUGCAAUGGAUGAGCGUGGAGCUGGGGUCAAGCAUUUGAUCAAUAUUUUCAGACGGCUACACCGGAUAUUCGCACAUGCCUGGUUCCAACACCGAGGAGUGUUCUGGCAGGUUGAGGGACAUACUGGAUUGUAUGUUCUUUUCAAGACAGUUUGCGAUACCUACGAUUUGUUGCCGGCUGAGAACUACAAGCUGCCUCCUGAGGCAGAAGGAUUAGAAAUUGUUGAUGAGCCCAAGGCAAAAGUCCCGUCGAUCAUGAAGUCGGAUGAAAACAACAAUCCGUCGGCAGUAGAUGAAGAUUUCGUCAAUGUUGGCCGAGCCAACACAAAUACUAGACGCCAUAUUCGAUCAUCCCCCUCUGUUGGAUCUACAAUUCACACCGUCCUGGAGUCAGACGAGGAAGACCCAGAUCUUACGCAUAAGUUGAAUGAAUUGAAUUUGGCAGAUGAAGAGGGUGCGGCAGACGUUCCUGUAAUUGUUGAGUCCUACGAAAUUGAUGGCACGCAUGAUAUUCCCGAGAAAAAGCCAGAAUCAGAGCUGGACCCGGUCGAUGACGUUCAACAGCCGGCAGCGGAACACGAUGAUACGGCAGCGUCUGCGGAGUCUUGGGACAGGAUGUCUUCGGAGAGUUUAGACGAAAAGCCAACGACAGAAGAUGAUGCGAAAGUGGAUGUGAGCGGGAAGACCGAGGAAGCAACAAUCGAGGAAGUAUCUGCACCGGAGCCAGCUAAGAGCCCCGAAGAGAAGGCAGAGGAUGUCACAGCUACCGAGGAAGUUCCCAAAACUGUCGAGGACUUGGACGUCAAGGACGAACCACAAGAAGAAGCAGCCGAACCAAAGGAGGAGGCGGAAGCGAACAAGGUCGAGGAGUGA